CGUGGCAUCAUGGAGGUUGGAGACAAACUGAAAGAACUAAACAUGACAGUAGAGGAAGUUGAUCGACUGACCAAAGCGCUCAAAGACAAGAAAUUCGGGGAAAUGCUGCGCGAUUACGCCAAUGAAAUAUCGGACCCGGAGAACAAGAAGAGGUACGAGGAGGAGAUCGCACUUUUGGAGCAGGAGAGAGGAAACAUCAUUGAGUUCAUCCACCCGGAACCGUUCCGCUGCCUCAGGACGAGUUCGGACGGCACGCGGAAGUGUUUCAUCAAUAUCUGCGCCAAUGGAAAAGUUGGAAAGCCUGCAUGGGAAGGCGGCACGUCGGAGGACGGCCGCGUGGGACAGCGCUGGACCCUGCCCCACAGUCUGCAUCCAGGGAGACAAGACAGAGACACGAAAGGGAACACCAUCGUGAUCUACGACGUUAUUUUCCACCCUGACACCAUCCGCUUCGCAAGCAAAAACAAUACCUUCAUGGAAAUGGUGGACAGCACGGCCGUUCAGGGGAUCCGGGAUGCCUUCAAAGUGACUCUGGACGAAAACAACGUGAGGGAGAUGAGCGUUAAAUACAAGGGGACCCCUAGGCCCUGUGUCAUCCGAAAACCCAUUCCUGGAUACAAAUCCAAGGAGCCCUCGGAGGAGGCGGACCCUCUCGCGUUCCCGUACCCGGAUGAAAGAAGACCUCAAAUGGAGCCCAAAGAAUCACAUGCAACCAAAAAGAGCAGCGAUGCCCCACCCAAAAGCUGCAGCCUUCAGCCUGGCAACGACCAGCAGCCCACCAGGCCAAACUACGCGGUCAAAUAUCGAUCUUUCUUAGAUCUGCAGGACUUCAGAUACUCUAGAGACUCCGCCCAAAGCCCCAGGCCCAAAGAGAUAGUGGUGACCAUCGACCUGCCUCUUCUGAAGGCGGUCUCGGACGCCAGCCUCGAGGUGAAAGAGAGGCAGCUGCUGCUGGUGUCCAAGAAACCAUCCUACAGACUGGAGCUGCCCCUAUCCUACCCCGUGGAUGAAGAAAAAGGAGAGGCCAAGUUCAACAGACAGAGAAGACAGCUUACCGUCACACUGUCGGUUCUCCCUUCCCACGAAGCCUUUGAUCCAGCCGCGGCGUUCGCUCGGACUACUGUGGGUGACGAUGACAGUCGGGAAGAGUGGGAGGAGGAGGAGGAGGAGGAGGAGGAGGAGAAAAGAGCUGGCGAGGGGGUAUUUAGGCAGCAGACAGGGGAAGAGAAGGUUGAAGCAGAGGGUAAUACAGGUCAUGAGAGAGGAGAUGAGCAGAUGAUGGCAGAAGAGGAAGGUGAAUCGGUUGAGAAAGAAAGACAGGAAGCAAAGAGGGAAGGAGAAAACGGUGCCCAAAAAGAGAAAAAUGGUUUUGGCCAAGGCGCUGUGGAGGAGAUAUCGAAAGAGCAGAAACAGGAAAAUGAGACGGCAAACUCUAACCUACACAAAAAGCAGCAACUUGAAGAUACAGAGGACUCUGGUCUAGGUUUUCCGUGGGACACUGUUGAUGUUUCUGCUGAAGAAGAAAACUCAUCGCCUGGCCAUAACAAGCUUGUGGCCACACUUGGACCAGAGGACCAGCUUGUUUCGAUCACUGCUGAACAUCCAAGCCGAGAAGAAAAAGAGGGAGAUGUCACUCCGACCUCUCGCUCGGAGUCACCACCCAUCAAAAAGGAGGUGGAGACAGAGGCUGCAUUUGUAAACCACAGAUCAAGUGAGGAACCCCAAACUCCCACACAGGCUGAACCUCCGAGCCGGAGCAACAUCAAGGACGGCUGCGUGCCGGCCAGCGGGGACACGGAGGAGCCUUCGGCCGCGGGUUCAGUAGAGCAGCAGGAGGAGCAGGAGGAGGAGAAUACAGACCAAGAUGACCUGCCAGCGGUGAGAAUCCUCCGCAAGGCGGAGCGCGGCAACCAGCCACCACCUGGGGUAUUGAGGGAAAUAGAUAACGAUGGAAACGAAAAGAUCAUCAGUGACCACUUCACAACUGCUGAGUUCGUCUUCCAGAACUCCCUGAUAUACGAGCUGGACUGAGGAGUCCGAGGAGGCUGUGAUGUUUGGUUCUCUUGUAAUGCAGCAGGUUUGAAUGCAAAUUAUACUGUUUAAUACAAUAUUAAAUGUUCAUAUUUCUAGAAAUUUGACUUUUCUCUUUAUUCCCUUAAUACAAACACAUAAUGUCUCAGAAAAAAUACUU